AUGUCCCCCCAAUCAAACACAAAAACCCGCAUCCUGGAGCUCAACGCCAUAGACAAAGUACCCCUUCCUCCUCCAUUCCUUCCUUCCCACCCCUAACAUGAUAGGACAUCUCAACCCUCCUUUCCACCGCCUCAACCGCGAUCACAACCUUAACCUCGACACCGACCUCCGCCAGUGCCUUCGCCAGCGCCUCGGGCCAAUACCACGCGCUGCUACAAUCCAUCGUGGUCCGGCUGCGUCGUCAGAUCCUGUUGCUCGAGCAGGCUGACAUACCGGCCCCUGUGACCGGAAACGGAGGCGAGAAGGAGGGCAAGGGGAGUGGAGGCGGGAUCGAUGUCGGAGCUUUCAAUUCUAGGAAUGACGUUGUCGGCCGAGAGAUGGAGGGGGAGUUGUGGAAAAGGGCGAAGGAGCUGGUGGGGUUGCUGAGUGGGGAUCCAGAGGGGGAUGGGGAUAUCAAGAUGGGGUGA